UUAUCGUCUCCACAUUUUCAAAGUAAACUUAGAAAGUGUCAAUCGUAGUUAGUUGAUCUCACAUAUCGAUAUUUAAAAUGAAUCUUUUUGUAUUUUAUUUAUUGUGCGGCGUAACCUUAGCUAGUUGUUUUGAACCGAGGGUUGACCCUCUAGUCUUACUGGACCAAGGACUCGUCCGUGGUUUGAGAUCGAGUGAUGGAAGUUACUCCUCGUUUCUAGGAAUUCCAUAUGGCUUGGUCGACCCCGAUAACCCAUUUGGUCCGGCGAAAGAACAUCCUGGUUUCGGUAAAAUUAUUUAUAACGCUUACUAUGGAUUAACGAAAUGUCCACAAUCGGUUGUUUACGAGCCAAGCUCAGGGAGGAGCCGUGAUGAGGUUUUGGAUUGUUUGCGUCUGAACAUUUUUUCACCGUCAGCUGCAAGCAGCCAACAUCCUUUACCGGUAUUAGUGUGGAUCCAUGGUGGUGAUUUUGAAUUGGGUUAUGGUGGCGAGUACCAUCCAGAGAGUUUAGUCAAGCAGAAUAUCAUUGUGGUAACAAUCAACUAUCGUUUGGGAGCAUACGGUUUCAUGUGUCUCGACAUCCCCGCUGUGCCCGGAAACCAGGGACUUAAAGAUCAAUACCAGGCUUUGAAAUGGAUAAAGAAUAAUAUUCAAGCAUUCGGGGGUGAUCCAAACAGAAUAACUCUAGCAGGACAAGGCUCUGGCGCAAGUUCAGCACUGCUCCAUUUAUAUUCGGAUCAGGAAAAAUUAUACGACAAAAUAAUCGCAGAAAGUGGCUCCCCUCAGACCGUCGGGACAUUUGCAGAAGGGGACGUAGAAGCAGCACUAAAGCUGUCGAGACACUUAGGUUUUAUCACGGACAGCAAUGAGGAAGCUUUGAAAUUCCUCGCAAAAACAUCACAUGAGCUUGUAUCAGCCGCUGCAGUGGAACUGCGUUUAAAUCUUAGACCUUGCAAAGAAAAAUCUUUCAGCGGCAUCAGCAACUUUGUUGAGAGUGAUCCAUUUUCAUUAUCAAAUGAAAAUAAAGUAAGAAACACUCCAGUAUUAAUAGGUGAAACCAGAAACCAACACGUAGGUCUAACGAAUGUUUACGGAAACGAUUAUUUCAAAGGGGAUCCAUUUUAUGAUAAGAUCGUUAAUAAUUUCAAUCUCGACGAAAAACAACUGAAAGAUGCUGUGAGAAUCGUAAGGAAUUUUUAUAUCGGAGACGAACCUGUAUCAAGACUCGUAGAGGCGGAUUUAGAAAAAUUCGACACUGACUUUGAUAGCAAUCAUCCCAUACAGAGAUUGAUCACUAAUUUAUUGUAUGAAAACGCGAGCCCAAUAUACGAAUAUGAGUUUAGCUACACGGAUCACAUGAUGGAAAGGAAGGCAUCAAACUCGGAGGAAUUGAAAUAUCUCUUUAAUAUGUUAAGGGACAGAGUAAGAAUGAGUCCUGAAAAUCUAAUAGUGAUCGAUCGUAUGACAACAAUGUGGGCGAACUUCAUUAAAUAUGGCGAUCCCACACCAGAGACGAACGAUUUAUUGCCGGUGAAGUGGACGCCGGUUACAGAAGAUACAAGGCCGUAUUUAGUCAUUGAUUCCCUACUAGAACUUAAAAGUAGAAUUAAUAAAGAAAGGAUGGCCUUCUGGGACCUGUUCUUUUUGAAGUAUGGAGACAGAAAUAAAUAUUAUCGACAGUGUGACAUAUAAAUUUGACUUUAAUAACGAACAGUCAUAUUUAAAAUUGAAUCUUAAAAUAAAUUUUAUGUGACUAUAACUUUUUGUAUAGAAUAACAAUAAAAGACUGUUACUUCCUU